CGCGCGGAGCUGUCUCGCACUGCGUCGCCGGCGGUUUUUCGCGUUGGUUUGCACAGCGUCUGUGAUGGCGGCGGCGGCGGCGGCGGCUGAGGAGAGCAUGAGUGUGGCCGCGCUAGUUACGUCAGUUCCCAACAGCAUUGGCCGGUCUCCCGAGGCCGAAGGAGUUGGAACAGCGGGCGAAGAGAAGGACGCAGCCACCAAAGGAACGGUGGCCGUUGGGGACAGCGAGGAGGAUGGGGAGGAGGACGUUUUCGAGGUGGAGAGGAUCCUGGACAUGAAGUGCGAGGGAGGUAAGAAUCUUUAUAAAGUUCGAUGGAAAGGAUAUACGUCUGAUGAUGAUACCUGGGAGCCUGAGGUUCAUCUGGAGGACUGUAAAGAAGUUCUUCUUGAAUUUAGGAAGAAAGUUGCUGAGACCAAAGCUAAAGCAGUCAGGAAAGAUAUUCAGAGACUAUCUUUAAAUAAUGACAUAUUUGAGGCAGACAGUGAUAGUGACCAGCAAAGUGACACAAAAGAAGAUACUUCACCAAAGAAGAAAAAGAAAAAAAUAAAGUGCAAAGAAGAGAAAAAUCCAGAUGAUCUGAGGAAAAAAAGGACAAAAAUGGGAAAGCUGAAAGAUAAGUUCAAGUCAGAGCUGGAGAGCGCCUCUGACGUUGUAGGUUUUGAUGUAAAGACAAAAAAAAGAAUUUGGGAAGUCAAGGAAGAAUUAAAGGACUCCAAAAAGCCCAAAAAGGAUGAAAUAAAGGAAGCCAAGGAAUUAAAGAAAGCUAAAAGGGCUGAAAUAAAAGAUUUAAAGAUUAAAAUAAAAGAAGAUGUCAAAGACAACCGAAAAACAAAGAAGGAAAGAUAUAUAGAAUCUCCACUGGAGUCUGAAUCACCUAGUGAUUCCUUCAUUCUAGAAGAUGACAGUGAAGACUUUUCUGACAACAAAGAAGAAAAUCAGAAUGUAAGAACUUUAAGAGAUAAGACAACACAGGAUACAGUGCAAGAAGGAAUUUUUGAGAAACAUCUGGAUGACCUUAUAAGUAUUGAAGAGGAUGCUGGUACCCGAGUUAGAAGGAAGAAGAAAAAGCCAAGAAAGUUUGAGGAACCAAAAGAGAUCAAGAAGUUUGAAAACACGAAUACCUUUUUAGAAAGGAAAACAAUACCCAAAAAGCAAAGAAAUCAAGACAAAGGCAGAAGUAACCUAGAAUUAAAUAAGUUACCAUCACCUGUGUUUGCCCAAACCCUUAAAAGUUCCAGACUGAGUGGGGAAGAGAAGGGCCUAAAGUCCUCUGACUUGGCAGAAGAGGAGAAAGAAAAAAAAAAUGAACCCAAAGAAAAAUACCAGAAAAGAUAUGAUUUGGACAAAGAAGAAAAAGCCAGAAAAGAGCCAAAGGGAUUAAAAUCAUUUAAGGAAAUCAGAAAUGCAUUUGAUUUAUUUAAGAAAACAACAGAAGAAAAAAAUGAUGUUCUUGAGAAUAAUUCAAAAAGAGAAGAAAUAUCACUGGAUUAUAAAGUUACAGAUGAUAACAAAACCAAGGACAAGUGUUCACUUAAAGAAAAAAGAAAUACUCGAGAUGAGACUGACACUUGGGCAUACAUUGCUGCAGAAGGGGAUCAGGAAGUUUCAGACAGUGUGUGCCAAACAGAUGAGAGUUCUGAUGGCAGGCAACCAAUUUUGAGUUUGGGUAUGGACUUGCAGUUGGAAUGGAUGAAAUUAGAAGAUUUUCAAAAGCAUCUUGAUGGGGAAGAUGAGCCCUUUAUCGAAACAAAUAGGAUUCCAAGUAAUUUGUUGAGGGAUGCUGUGAAAAAUGGAGAUUAUAUUGCUGUGAAGGUUGCACUGAACUCAAAUGAAGAAUACAACUUGGAUCAAGAGGAUUCUACUGGGAUGACACUGGUGAUGUUGGCUGCAGCAGGCGGUCAGGAUGACCUCCUCAGACUCCUUAUCACCAAAGGUGCAAAAGUGAAUGGGCGCCAGAAAAACGGGACUACAGCCCUCAUUCACGCCGCUGAGAAGAACUUUUUAACAACUGUAGCUAUUCUUUUGGAAGCUGGAGCUUUUGUAAAUGUCCAGCAAAGCAAUGGUGAGACUGCACUCAUGAAAGCAUGCAAAAGAGGAAAUUCGGACAUUGUCCGCCUUGUGAUUGAAUGUGGAGCUGACUGCAACAUUUUGUCAAAGCACCAAAAUAGUGCAUUGUACUUUGCAAAACAGUGUAAUAAUGUGCUUGUAUAUGAACUCCUGAAGAGCCACUUGGAAACACUUUCAAGAGUCGCAGAAGAAACAAUCAGGGAUUACUUUGAAUCUCGCCUUGCUCUACUGGAACCUGUUUUCCCAAUAGCAUGCCAUCGGCUCUGUGAGGGGCCAGAUUUCUCAACAGAUUUCAAUUAUACGCCCCCUCAGAACAUGCCUGAAGGCUCUGGUGUCCUCCUCUUUAUUUUCCAUGCAAACUUUUUGGGUAAAGACGUUAUUGCUCGGCUUUGUGGACCAUGCAGUGUACAAGCUGUGGUUUUAAAUGAUAAAUUUCAACUUCCUGUUUUUCUGGACAGUCACUUUGUCUAUUCAUUCAGUCCUGUUGCUGGCCCCAAUAAGUUGUUUAUAAGGUUGACGGAAGCACCCUUUGCCAAGGUGAAAAUCUUUGCUUCAUAUUUACACAGGAACUGCUCAGAUAAUUUUUAAAAAUCCCCGUGUCACUGGACAUGGUACAGACAAGUUCUUUCUGUAUCUGUGUUAAGCAAAUUGAUGUGUCUGAAUGUUGAACUUUGGCUCUCUGGGGCAGGUAUGCAUAGCAUACUUAACUGAAGGUUAAGCCUGAGGGCAUCUCUGAGUACUCAAAUCUUGACAGUACUAAACUGCCACUAGGCUCAUCAAGGCAGGAUUUCUCUAUAUGAAAAAAAGAAGCUGGACUACUCAAAUCACUCUAGUAAUGGUUAGCUAAUAUACUGACUAGUAGGAUUAUAUUUUUACUAAAAGGAUUAUAUUUUUACUAAAAAUAGUAAUAACUUGGAUGCUCUUACAGGGUGGGGUUUGUAUGUACUGACAUAUUCAUUUCUCUUGUUUAGGUUAAGUUGCUAAUAGGUGCAUACAGAGUACAGCUGCAGUG